AUGGGGGAGCCCCCGGGUUACCGGCCCUCGGCGUGGGUGCAUGUCCUCCACCAGCUUCCGCGCGCCGACUUCCAGCUGCGCCCGGUGCCAAGCGGCUUCGCGCCCCGGGAGUUGGCGUACCAGCAGGCCCUGCUGCUGGUGGUGGCCUUGGCCGGCCUGGGCCUGGGCCUGAGCCUCAUCUUCAUCGCUGUCUACCUCAUCCGCUUCUGCUGCUGCCGGCCCCCAGAGCCGCCCGGGGCCAAGAGCCCCCAGCCAGGCGGGGGCUGUGUGACCUGGAGCUGUGUGGCUGCCCUUCUCAUCGGCUGCGCCGGCAUUGGCAUCGGUUUCUAUGGCAACAGCGAGACCAGCGAUGGGGUUUUUCAGCUCAGCUCCGCACUGCUUCACGCCAACCACACCCUCAGCACCGUGGACCACCUGGUGUUGGAGACAGUGGAGAGGCUGGGCGAGGCGGUGAGGACGGACCUGACUACCCUGGAAGAAGUGCUCACACAGCGCACGGAGCUGGUGGCUGCAGCCCGGGGGGCCCGGCGGCAGGCCGAGACUGUGGCCCAGCAGCUUCAGGGGCUGGCCUUCUGGCAGGGAGUACCCCUGAGCCCCCUGCAAGUGGCCGAAGACUUGUCCUUUGUGGAGGAGUACAGGAUGACCGUCAUGAGUCUCCUGGUUCUGGUCCUGAGCUGGGGGUCCAUGGGCUUGGAGGCCGCUGCUGCCGUGGGCCUCAGCGACUUCUGCUCCAAUCCAGACACCUACGUCCUGAACCUGACGCAGGAGGAGACGGGACUCGGCUCAGACAUCCUGAGCUAUUAUUUCCUGUGCAACCAGGAAGUCUCCAGCCCCUUUCAACAGAGGCUGACCGUGUCGCAGCGAGCUCUGGCCAACAUUCACUCCCAGCUGCAGGGCCUGGAGAGAGAGGCAGUGCCGCAAUUCCCGGCUGCGCAGAAGCCUCUGCUGUCCUUGGAGGAGACCCUCAAUGUGACCGAGGGAAACUUCCACCAGUUGGUGGCACUACUGCACUGCCACGGCCUGCACAAGGACUACGGCGCCGCCCUCCGGGGCCUGUGUGAGGACGCCUUGGAGGGCCUGCUCUUCCUGCUGCUGUUCUCGCUGCUGUCCGCCGGGGCCCUGGCCACCGCCCUCUGCAGCCUGCCCCGCGCCUGGGCGCUCUUCCCGCCCAGUGACGACUAUGAUGACACAGACGAUGAUGACCCUUUCAACCCUCAGGAAUCCAAGCGCUUCGUGCAGUGGCAGUCCUCUAUCUGA